UGUUGCAUAUUAAUUGAUCAAAAAAGAUUUGAAUGAAUUCCUUAACUCUACCUGAUUCCAACACUAGCUGGGUCGAACAUCAAACAUCCCAUAAUCAUUGAACCCCCUGUAAAUAAAAAUAAUAAUUUAAAAAGCGAAUUAAUUCCUAUAAUGUACAUUAUUAAAUUCUUGAUUUUUUUUCACACUGGGUGACCCUUCUCCCAUCUCUCUCUGGCUAUUAAACAAUUAUUUCAGAUGUAACUACCAAUACCUUUUCCUGAACCAAAGAUUCACAUUAAUCAAAUACUCAGCUGUGAGCACCACAACACAUGUUGGUAGUAAAAGCUAAACUAUCUGCAUUAAUUAAAGGGGUCACCGUUCAAAGAAUGUGGCUUGCAUUUUGCCAUUAUUGAGAGUCAUGAAGCAGAACACUAGUUCCUUGAGGAAUUCAGGUUUAUAUACAAGUCCAGCAACACCAGAAUAUGGAGAUGAUAAUGUGAGAGGAUUUCAGAAGGGAUGGAGUUCCGAACGAGUCCCGUUGGGAAACAGCAGCAGGAGGCAUAUUAGUGCCACUGCAUUGUUGCCUUUCAAUAGUGGAAGGACAGUGCCCUCAAAAUGGGAUGAUGCUGACAGGUGGAUUACUAGCCCAGUGUCGAGUUAUGGCGUUUGGAAGACUCCAAACGUGCAACCCUAUAGGCGCCCCAAGUCAAAAAGUGGGCCGCUUGGGGCGCCUGGCAUUAUGUACUUACCGAACUACUCACCCUCCGCGCCAAUUCUAGAAGGUGGAAGCGUAAGUAACUUCAUUGCAAACUCACCAUUUACAACAGGUGUACUGGUGCCUGAUGGUGUAUCCAUUCAUUAUGGUGCUGGCGGAAACUCGGGUGGUCUAUAUGCUGAGAAUAGUAUGGCUCGAGCAACUAGUGCUCCUGGUCUAUCGGAUUUGUUCAGUGAAUCCUCGGUCGCAAGCUCCCAAGAUGAUGACACCAAGGAGCCAGAUUCGGUUUCCUUUGCAGCUUCGAGGAGAGACAUGGCAACACAGAUGAGCCCUGGUGACAGUACACAUGCCUCUCCCCAAGAAAGGUCAUCUUCAAUCCCUUCUGGAGUGGAGCAGAACAAGCAGCAUUCUGCUAAAGUCGAGAUUAGGGAUGUGCGGGUUGACAAAGGAGCCCCCAUUUCAGGGCUAUCUCGGAGAAGCCGGGUGAGGAAACCCAAGAAAGAAUUACCAGAUGUGAGUGAGUCAAUUUCACCAUGGGAUGUUGCAGAUAGAGCAAAGAACGUGUCAAAGUCACAAAGAGAGGAAGCCAGGAUCACAGCUUGGGAGAACUUGCAGAAAGCCAAAGCUGAAGCAGAAAUCCAAAAGCUUGAGAUGAAACUAGAAAAGAAGAGGUCAGCAUCGAUGGAUAAGAUUGUGAACAAGCUUAGACAUGCUCAGUUGAAGGCUCAAGAUAUGAGACGUGCAACUUCGGAAAGUCAGCCCCGUCAGUCUCGAAGGGAUUCCCACAGAAUCAUACCAUUUCGGCAGUAUUUCAAGAUUGCCUCAUUUAGGAGUUGCUUUGUUUGCCGUAUCCCUUAAUUUGUGUACAGGUGUUCUCAAGUAAAAUUCAAGUCGUUUAUAGGUUCUUGUGAAAUGUAGAGCUUCAGUUGUUAUUGGGGAUCCAAGGAACAGAUAACUCACAGCUGAAUGCUUUAUUCAGUAUUCAACCUACUUGUUGGCUAUGUA